AUGCCUUCAGAGGCAAAGCUAGAGAGGGGAAGGCCGAGGUCCAAGACCCGACCACUGAGGGGAGCGCGUUCAAGGCUGGUAGCUUGUGAGGCAGGGUACAUGGAGAACCCGGCGAUUGGGUCCAAUCCAGGUAGCAGCAACUUCGGGCGUGUGGACAUCAUGGCGGCGACACCUCCGCCUCACUGGCAAGCAUCUCUGCGUGGCCUCCGAGCUGAGAACGGCCACUCCCUGGUGAAGAUAUGUACCCACAAGCGCAUCGGGCUGCUUAUGCUGUCAAUCUGGAUCCUACUGCUCCUGUGCUACUAUCUGAGCCCAGGAUUUGCAAACACCGUUUCUACUGAUGAAUAUGUCCAAAACGCUGAUGGACAAACCCUGGAGAAACUUUCUGCAUGGGAAUCCCUACUGAGAUUUUUCUUCCCAACAACAUGCAUGCUGAAGGACAAUCAGGAGGUCAAGCCUUGUAAUAAGCUGCAACACCUUAACGAGACUGAAUGUCUGAGAUACAAAUGCUGUUUCUCAUUAGUCAAGCCCAGUGACAUCCGCUGUUUUUUGCCACUAAGAGAUAAGCCUACGCAGAUGUUCCGGAUGUUUGGGCUCGGUGUGAUCAGCAUGGUCUUCCUGGGAUGUCUGCCCCUUUAUUGCUGCUCUCUUUGCCGGAGGAGCAAAUGGGCCAAUCCUUUGCGAAGGAAAGUCCAUAGAAUGUUAAAGGGCUUUAAGAAACAACGAAACAAACCCAGAAAGGAUGAUGAAGUUUUGGGGACCGCAAUGGAGGAUGAGGAGGAUGAUGAAAAGGACCAAGAGACCAAAGGUAAUUGA